GCGAUAUGUGUACAGAUUUUGCGACAUGCCGAGAAGUUCUCUCGGGAACUAUGUGUGGUAAGUUGCGUCUCACUGGGCCACGUCGCAAGUUUUCUGCUUUUGCACACCUAUCGAGAGGUCGGGGACACUGGAGCAGAAACAGCUUUGCGUGGUGGAAGCUUGUUCGACUACGAUAAAACCAAGCCCCUGAGUCAGCAACGGAGCGCCUUGCAGAUAGAGGCUGAACGGCAACAGCGUGGAACGAGUUUCAUGAAAAGCAUCAAAGGGAGGGAUCGCGAUAACUACCUAGAGGACGACGAAGAUGAUGGCGAUGGUGGUCAACGUCGAGGCAUGGGGCACCAGAGCGAUGCUCUUGAAGGUGCAGGAUGCUCAACGCGAACCCGAAGACGACUUGACGAGGACCUCGAGAACGAUCUGGCCAUCAACAUCAACCCCGGCCAAGACACUGAGGUGCGAAGGAUUAGAGAACAGCAGGAAAUAGAAGCUGAGUACGACCGAGAGAAGACGCAGAAGAUUAUGACCAAAGUAAACCUUUCUUAUUGACUCACGAUCGGCGUAAUUCAAUCAUUUUCGUGCACCAGCAAGUAGAUCGUGAAGUUCUUACUUGCCGGUCGCUGUCUUUGUCUUUCGUAGUCCUGGGUCUUCUUCUGACAACUGUACUCGAUUCCCUACAACCCUGCACACAUUUCAUUUGCGGCUCAACAGUAAUCGACUUCCUACUUUCACCUUCUGAAUCUUGCUUCCUCGUCUAACUCCUAACUCCUCCAAGACCAGGAUGUGCAUCUGCUGCUCCAGUUGUGUCCGGUGGUGCAGUCUCUGAUGAAACCUGAGACCAGCGCGACUCUGUUUCAACAGAUGAGGGGUGAGAAAGAUGGGAAACUUCGUAAGUGUGUGGACGGAUGUUACGGAAGCUGGAGGGUGUUGGAGGAGGAGAGGCAGAAACUGUUAUGAACUCUCUGAGCGUCCAUGUCCAAAUGAGCUUGCUGAUGGUGCGGAAGCGCAUGAGAAGGUCACCGUCAUAGAUCUUCACAGCAUUUUAUUCACUCUCUCAGAGAAACAGGCUUCACUUCCACCACCUCUAAAGCCUCGCGUCGUCUCUCUUGGAUCUACCGCAUUUGCCAAUACCUGUGCUGCCGGGAACGAGGGCGCGAGGUUUAGCGGCACCGCAGUCUACUCCAUGGAUACGGUGAUGGAUAAUUUGGUAGCGAGUUGUGAGCCAUUGUCUAUGGUUGGAGGACCGUCUGGUGGUGGUGCUUCCAGUGGUCGAGGAAGAAGUGCCUCAGCUGCUGCUUUAGGUAGAAGCGGUAGUAGUGGACCAGGUAGUUUUCAAACUGGAGGCGCAACCGCAAGUAUAUCUUCUCGUGGGGGAGGACCAGGAGGACUAGCAACGAGGCCUGCGGCAAACUCCGCUACUAUGCAAGCCGCGUCGACUGGAGAUCUUCAUGGCGGUGCAAUCAGCACACGUCGAUCUCUUAGGUUCAGUGAAAUUGUUGAUGAUGGUAAGGCAGAAGAACGAGAUCCAGUGGAUGACCAUGAUCAAGAAGUAGAAGACUAUCAAAGGACUACACUUCGAGCAAGUGCGUCUACUCCUGCAUUGAACAACUUGCCAAGAACCAAUAACAGAAGAAAUGUAGCAGGUGCCUCUUCAGCACAGCAGCAAACGCAUCUAGCCAAAGAGCUUGACGAUUUCGACCCUCUAGAGCCAGAAGUGGACUCGCCGCGUAUCAAUCGCCUGAAAAGUCCCCGGCCUCAGCCCGAGAAUCCCGAUGAUCCAGAGGAAGUAAAGCGGGCAGAGAUCGAAGCUGAAGCGCAAGCCUCAGAUCAGCGAACUCAAGAGCGACGUGACGAUCUGACACGAAGGCGGAUGCGUCCUUUGUCUCCGCGCCGAGUCGAAGCGUCUCCGGAAGCGAAAAAAGAAGACGAAAAUGAUGGAUCUAGGAGAGGGGGUGGAAGGAAUCGAGCAGCCUUUGGCGGUGGAGGUGGAGGAUUUCAUCUCACGAAUGGCGCUAGUACCGCUUACAACCGUGGUAACGAACUAAUCGGAGGCUCCUCGUCUUCAUCUUGUUCAAACAUGAUGAAGACAUCAUCGAAAGAUAAUGACCCACCAGGAGUCGCACCAUCACCGUGGGCCAGAGUUAUGUUCUGUAUUCGUGGUGGCGUUUUAGACGAGGCGUUUGUCUUAGUGCUAGAACUCGGACAUGAGGAGAUGUUCUUCCGAUUCUUAGACGAAGUAGACUUUGGAAAGAGGAAAGUAGACAACUAUCGUUCAUCGUCGUACUCUGCGAACAACAUAGCCACAAGUAGAGGAACUAGAAACGAGAACGAUUGUCCAUCCUGCUCAGCUGCAGUGGAAAUAGCAAGAGCGGGCGCAUUAGGUGGAGGUCGUGGGGGAAGUAGAACAACAUCUAAAGAACUACAACAAGGACAACUACCACGUACGGACGUAGCUGGUGAUGGUGUAACUGAUGGCCCUGCUGAGGACGAGAGAAGACUAGACCUCAAGCUUCAGGAAGGCCUGCUCAACCAAAACAUCAGAGCCAAUAAGCGCUAUCCAAAAGGAACACUGGUGCAAAAUAGUUCUGCUAAAAGCUUCAACCGCGACACCUCAGCAGCCGGCGCAUUUGUGGACAUGGACGCAGUACAGAAAUUUGAAAAUAACGCCAUGAACAGCAGUACCACGAGGAUGAUUAUGGUGCGGAGAUUUUGACUUUGUUUUGUUGUGAAAACCCCGGGGGGGAUGGAAGCGAUGGAUGGCAUGAAGAUCAUCAUGCUGAAGAGUGCAUCUUCCUCGUCUGCUUCAGCUUCACGCUCAAGAUACAACCUUCUACUUAUUCCUCUUGCUAGAGUUACAGCCCGCACAUCCACAAUCAUUGUUUCUCUCUUCGUCUGCACUACUACUUUUAUGAUCUUCAUCCCCUCACACAACUCUCGCUCACUCUAUGCUCUGUUCUAACUUCCACAAUCGUCUGCCGUCCUCCAACGCAGUAGCAAGCAAAUAUCCUCUAGCCCGUGCUCAGCGACGUACGAUAGGCGCCAUGCUGACGCAGAUUUUGAAGCGUGAGGUGAGCCGCUUUUCUGCCAGAAUGAGUCGUAGUCGAUCCGCGCCAUCACUUGCGUCGAGAAGUCGUAGAGGACUAGUACACUUGGACAUGGGGUCACUCUUAAGGCUAGUAGUAGCAUUUGACUCUCACUGCCUCGCUGUACACUUGGACCACAUGGGGAGACCAUUAUUUCUUAAUGCUAGAAAUAUUAGCCUAAUGAUUUUCACUGUGGUCAUCCUGAUACAUGAUCAAUCCAUUUGCGCACUAUGAAUGAAGCAUUUAUUGCGCAAAAGACCACUCGUGAUUUCGUCUCUCUCUAGUAAUUCUCGUUUUCCUUCAAACAAUCUAUUAUAGCAACAUUGCUCGUCCUCAUCUUCUAAUCUCCCAACAAAUCGACGACGUCUCGCGGAAAAAGCUAGAGAGUGCGUGUCGCCAUCUGCCGACUUACGUGCGUGACGACGCGAAGACUUUACAUGUGGUGCAGCAGAUUUGUUUGCAGGGAUCUUAUGGCUACUUGAAAAACUGAAAUAAGCGAGUAACUGAUCAGAAUAACCGAGAGGAGAUACAACUGAUGAGAAGGAAAGGUAGCCUUGACGCUAUAAGCUAGCGCCUCCCUUAUUUCAGUCAGUAACUCGAUUAUUUUGAGUCUUCGAAUAGUUCGCUUUAUAAUUAGACUAUCCGAUGUGGACUAGUAUCCUAUGCAGCUGUUGCUGAGUCACUUUAGUAGUGAAAAAUUAGCUCUAAGGAUCUGAACUGCGGGAUGAGCAGCUUCAGCAUCUACUCCGAGACUUAUACGCUGAAGUGACGCCACAUGUUUAGAGGAGCGAUCGGACACGGACUCGCACGCGCACUACACCAGUUGAUUUAGUGUCUUCAGGUUAAGGCAUGAGUAGAGUUACUAUAUCGUUACCUCAAAUAGAGCAUGCUGCUACUAAGAAUCCACGUUGUCCAUCCUGUUCGGGAAAAAACAGCCACCUACUUAGAUUACCAUGCUCAUAUCUUCUAGGAGGUUGUGCUCGUGAAUUUUUAUGAGAGACCUAAAAGAGAGGACUGAGACCGUUAGACUUGAUCAGUAAAAGCAUACUUCGGCAGCAGCAGACUUAGACAAUGCAGCAAUAGAGAAGAUUGAGAUGGAUAUGUUCAUCCAUCACCAACAUUUUGAUACGGACAGUCACAAGAUGAAAUAACAACGAAAAAAAUGAACGUAUUUGCACAGCACACUUUCGCAGCAGCUAGUUCUUGUUCAUGCACAGCUCUGCAUCAUCAUCUACCUGAUUUAAAACUCUCUCAAGAAUACACUCAUAAAAAAAAACUAACCGCGCGAAAAAUGUGGCCUUCAUCAACACGUUAAUGUUGUCAUCGACAUCGAAGUUAAUAAAUUUUACUUUUAGUUGUACAAAACAAAAACGCACACGUCCCUUUCCCUACUUACUUUUCCUUCUACCUGCUGCUGUUGCUCUACGUGCAGUAAGAAUGAUCAUCUCAGAAUCAAAGCCAACACUGGACAACUUUUAAACCACAACUUUAUCUGGCCGCUCCAGUCAUCUAGAAGAUCGACGUCUACAUUAUAAUUACAUAAUAAUAGCGGCCAGCAAGCACAAGGCAUCGCCACAGCCACGCUUUUAUUUUUUUGAUUAUCUUCGUUCGCUCAGCAUCUGCUGCUGUUCUUGUUCUCUGCGUUUUCUCAUUUUUGUCUUCUAAAAAGCCUAUUGAAGUUUGCCAAACUUACGCCAAACUCCUAGAAAUAAAUGUAGAUCGACACGACACGACUGACAUGAGUGUGUCUACUUUAUUCAGAAAGUAUAGCCGUUCUAAGGUG